CUCCAUCCCUAUAACCUGGGCUCUUCCCUCCCCCUUCUAUCUUCCCAGGCUCGGUGACGUCACUGGCUCAGCUUCAGCACCACGGAGAGCAGCCUCUCCCCAUCCUUCUCAGCUCUGCUCCAUCCAUCCUGCUAGCCCAUAGGAGGGGGCAGAGAGCCACAGGCCUGCAGGAGGAGGUGGGGAGGGGUCCUGGCUGGUAGGGAGAAGCCUGCAGGCCUGCCGGUGGUCGGGAGAAGUCCUUUGUGGGAAUAGGAAGCCUGGUUCUUCAGCUUUUGCAUGGAACCAAGCUUCAUUCAGUCGGCCAUGGCUUUAGGCUUGCCAUCUAAGAAGGCUUCUUCAAGGAACAUUGCUGUGGAGAGGAAGAACCUUCUCACUGUGUGCAGGUUUUCGGUAAAGACCCUCCUGGAAAAAUAUACAGCAGAGCCUAUUGAUGAUUCCUCAGAGGAGUUUGUGAAUUUCGCUGCAAUUUUGGAACAUAUCCUGAGUCACCGCUUCAAAGGCCAUGUUAGCUGGUUUAGCACAGAUGGCCAGAGAGGGUUUUGGGACUACAUUCGCAUUGCUUGCAGCAAAGUGCCCAAUAACUGCAUUAGCAGCAUUGAGAAUAUGGAGAACAUUAGCACAUCAAGAGCAAAGGGCCGGGCCUGGAUACGCCUUGCGCUCAUGGAGAAGAGACUUUCGGAAUACAUAGUGACCGCAUUAAGAGACACUAGGACCACCAGGAGGUUUUAUGAUGAUGGCGCCAUCUUGCUGCGCGAGGAGUCGUCUGUACUCACGGGAAUGCUGAUAGGCUUAAGCGCCAUUGACUUCAGCUUUUGUUUGAAAGGGGAAGGCAUUGACGGGAAGACCCCAGCGGUCAUAGAUUACACCCCAUACUUGAAGUUCACCCAGAGCUAUGAUUACCUGAGUGAGGAAGAAGAUCGAGAGAGUGUGGGGGGCAGCAGCAGUGAAGACAGCUCCCCAGAGCACCCCUAUCUGCCCCUUCUCACAGAUGAGGAGAGCUGGUACAGCAAGUGGCGUAAGAUGGAGCAGAAAUUUCGCAUUGUCUAUGCACAAAAGGGUUACCUGGAAGAGCUGGUCCGUUUGAGAGAGUCUCAGCUGAAGAAUCUGGAAGCGGAGAAUAAGAGGCUGACUCAAAGACUCAACGAACAGGCGGAACAGGGUCUUCAGGAGAAGCAUCAGCUGGAGGGAGUUAUCCUGGAACUGCAGGAACAGCUCACUGGGCUACUCCCUUCUGAAAAUGCCCCCAUCAAACAGUUCAACUCCAGCAUUGGGGCCCCUCUGGUAAACCAGUGGCCCUCCCUGGGCGCCCUUAAUGAUAACGAGACAUCUGUUAAGCCCUCGCUGUACAGGAGACACAGCUAUCUGAGCACAGAACAUCUUUCCGCUGAGCUCAGCCUGAGCUCCGAAUCCCAAAGGGGGGAAGCAAAACAGGAUGGGGAACCAUGGGGUCCUAUUGGUAAGGACCCCACUCCAUCAAUGUUGGGCCUGUGUGGAUCUUUGGCAUCUAUUCCCAGCUGUAAAUCUUUGCCAAGCCUGAAAUCCAAUGAAUGCCUUGUCAGUAAUAGCAGUGAGACAAGUCCUGCCGGGAGCCCCAGCUGAAGCUUUUUUUUGCUAGACAUUUCUACCAUGUUAAGUCCUGGCUGCAAGAUAAGAAGCCCACUCCGACUGAAUAUACCAUUACAUGUUCCCAUGUAUAUGCACGGGCACGGCUAGGACCUCCAACCUUUAUCAUGCCACUUUCUGACAAAAGAAUAUUAAUCAUAUAUGAGAGAUCUAUAGAAUAGCACACAACUUCUGAUCCAAAACCCAACAGAAGACUAAGAAAGUCAAGGAUGACCAGUUCUUCGCACCUUUACUUGUGACCGAUCGCGACCCCUGAUGGAGACUCUAUAAAUCAAACUAUUUUAUCAUUUCGGUCCAACAUGAUACAAGUGAACGAGUUCCUUAACUUCAUCCACCUUUUCAAACAAUUGACUCCAUAUUUUUCCCCAUGACUGUCAUGGACCAACUGGAGACCUUCAACUCAUGAACCCUAGGGCAGAAGUUGGCUCCAUUCCAUCUUCAUCAUCAUCGUAUGUUGUGUAUUUUACCACUGAUACAAAACUGUGGUUGUCAUGAAAACUGCCUUUUCCAGAGGAUGCUGUGCAACUCUGUCCAUUAAACUGAUAAACUGUGA